AUGGCUUCGAAUAUCUCCGUGUCCCCACCAGUUCACCGUCUACAGCCUGGCGAACAACUUGAUCGCAGCGCCUUCAGUCUCAAAGUCCCGGUUGUAGGCCUCCGGAUUCCUGCUGCACGUACAACAGACAUUACCAGAUCAUCAGAGUUCAAAAGACAACUUCUCAAACUACCAAAAGUCAAAACCGUCCUACAGGAGAAUGGAGAUGAUGAGUUUAGAGUGAUUCUAUUGGACUAUUCGACCCAAGAUGCGAUGCCGCAGGAUCUGGUCGAGCUUGCGCAAACAAACAAUUAUGAUAUCGUGCAACAUGGGAUUGACCUAGAAUAUGACUAUUGGACGGCUGAUGAGAUCCUACGAAGCAGUCUGCCAGAGGACUUGCUGGAAGAUAUGCCCACUGCGUUUACUAUCACAGGUCACCUUGCCCAUUACAAUCUUCGAGACGAAUAUCUACCAUACAAACAUCUAAUUGGACAGGUUACGCUAGAUAAAAACAAAGCUUUGAGGACAGUAGUGAACAAGACGGACAAUAUUGACACAACCUUUCGCUUCUUCAAAAUGGAAACCAUAGCUGGAGAGUCGGAUACCGUCGUUGAAGUGAACGAAUCUGGUUGUCGCUUCAAAUUCGACUUUGCCAAGGUUUAUUGGAAUUCGCGUUUGGGCACAGAACACGAGCGUCUGGUCUCAUUAUUCAGUUCCGGAGAUCUAAUAGCAGACGUAUUCGCCGGAGUUGGUCCGUUUGCUAUUCCUGCUGCUCGCAAAAACUGUCUCGUUUUGGCCAAUGAUCUCAAUCCGUCGAGUACAGAAUACCUGUCUCGAAAUAGUAUUGACAACAAGGUUGAGGAUCGGGUGCGAGUCACCACCAUGGAUGGGCGAGCGUUCAUCAAGCAUGCGGUGCAGGAGGCAAUAGAUCAUCCGUUUGAGAAUAUCCUACCCCUUCAAUCUUCUAGCCAACGGGCAAAGCAGGCUCGCCUAAAGCUACCACCUCCCGACCCUCUGCCCGUCCAGCGGACUAUCAAACACUUUGUUAUGAACCUCCCAGCAACAGCCCUAGAGUUCUUGGAUGCCUUCCGGCCCGCAUUCAGAUCGGCAACUAAUCAAGAGCUCUACAAUACGAAUGGGAUGCCCACUAUUCAUUGCCAUUGCUUUACAAGGGAGCUCGAGAAGGAAAAUGCAGAGGUGGACAUUUUAAAGCGAGCGGAGGAAGCAUUAGGAAUGUCAAUCGCCAACCCGUCGUUUCACUAUGUGCGGCGAGUUGCUCCCAACAAGGACAUGUAUUGUCUAAGUUUUGUACUUCCCAGGACGAUCAUGCAGUAG